ACUACAAAAUUCAAUAUGAGGCAGACAGAAGAAGCUAGAAGACAGAAAGAAGCCACUUGCUGACUGAUCAUCAUUCGGCCACCAGCCAGCCCCACAGUAAGAGCUGUAGGAGGAGCAUCCGGAACAGGAACAUAAACAGGAACACGACCAUACCCAGGAGCAGCAGCAGACGUUCGGUGUAGGAGGAGUAGCGCAUCAGCAGAUCUUGUGGCGGAGGUGGAGCGGCGGUGCGCGCCUCUGUUACCCAAAUCCAACAUGUCUUCGCCAGCGGCCCAGAGCAACAGCACCCAGUCGCAGUCGUCAGCGUCGGCCCAGCAGCAGCAACAGAAUCAAAAGGCGAACAACUCAAACAACACACACGACAACAAGAAUGCCUCGGCGACGACGGGGACGGCAGCAGCAGCAGCCGACACCGCCACAGCAGCCUCCACAGCAUCGACAGCUGGCGGCGGCAACGGAGGAGCUCCACAGAGCCCCACAAAACGGAUCACAAUAUCGACCAAGGAGCGUGUGGUCGAUAGCGUACCGUUUCCGCCAAGCCGCAAACUCACCUGCACGGACGUGUUCGAUCCGCGGACCGGAAAGCCACAGCACGAUGUACUUAAGCAGCACUUCAUACUGGAGGGGCGUAUCGAGGAGAGCGCCGCGCUGCGGAUCAUCCAGGACGGGGCCACGCUGCUGCGCCAGGAGAAGACAAUGAUUGACAUCGAGGCGCCGGUGACGGUCUGUGGAGAUAUUCAUGGACAGUUCUACGACCUGAUGAAGCUAUUUGAGAUCGGCGGUUCGCCGGCCACCACAAAGUAUCUCUUCCUGGGCGACUACGUGGACCGAGGCUACUUUAGCAUCGAGUGCGUGCUGUAUCUGUGGUCGCUGAAGAUCACCUAUCCGCAGACGCUGUUCCUGCUGCGCGGCAACCACGAGUGCCGGCACCUGACCGAGUACUUCACCUUCAAGCAGGAGUGCAAGAUCAAGUACUCGGAGCGCGUUUACGACGCGUGCAUGGACGCGUUCGACUGCCUGCCGCUGGCGGCGCUCAUGAACCAGCAGUUCCUGUGCGUGCACGGCGGCCUGUCGCCGGAGAUACACGAGCUGGAAGACAUACGGCGGCUCGACCGCUUCAAGGAGCCACCCGCAUUCGGCCCCAUGUGCGACCUGCUGUGGUCCGAUCCGCUGGAGGACUUUGGCAACGAGAAGAACUCGGACUUUUACACGCACAACUCGGUGCGCGGCUGUUCGUACUUCUACAGCUACGCCGCCUGCUGCGACUUCCUGCAGAACAACAAUCUGCUGUCGAUCAUCCGGGCGCACGAGGCGCAGGACGCCGGCUACCGCAUGUAUCGCAAGAGCCAGACCACCGGUUUCCCCUCGCUGAUCACCAUCUUCUCGGCGCCCAACUAUCUCGAUGUUUACAACAACAAGGCGGCGGUGCUGAAGUACGAGAACAACGUGAUGAACAUCCGACAGUUCAACUGCUCGCCGCACCCCUACUGGCUUCCCAACUUCAUGGACGUGUUCACCUGGUCGCUGCCCUUCGUGGGCGAGAAGGUCACCGAGAUGCUGGUGAACGUGCUGAACAUCUGCUCCGACGACGAGCUCAUGACCGAGGAGAGCGAGGAGCCGCUCUCGGACGACGAGGCAGCGGCGCGCAAGGAGGUCAUACGCAACAAGAUCCGUGCCAUUGGAAAGAUGGCGCGCGUCUUCUCCGUGCUGCGCGAGGAGUCUGAGAGUGUGCUCCAGCUGAAGGGCCUGACGCCGACGGGCGCCCUGCCCCUCGGCGCCCUCUCCGGUGGCAAGCAGUCGCUCAAGAAUGCCAUGCAGGGCUUCUCGCCCAACCACAAGAUUACCUCGUUCGCGGAGGCCAAGGGCCUCGAUGCCGUCAACGAGCGGAUGCCGCCCCGUCGCGAUGCCACACCCUCGCCGGCGGAGGAGGGCCAGAAGACACUGUCGGCGGCGGCAGCAGCAGCGGCCAAUGCAAAUGCGAAUUCAAUCACAGGAUAAUUCUAAGUCAGACAGCAGUCGGCAAAGCGAUCGGCUGGAUCAGAUGAGCGGAUUGGAGGAGCGGAGGAUUGGAUCUUGGGCUUUUUGGAAUCUUGGGGAGCGGAGGUCAGUUGAUAGUCGAAAGUUAAGUGAACAGUUGGGAGGGAGAUUGCGAAUAAAUAGGAACAAAUAUUCUCAAAAGAGCGGCUUAGUGUCAGAAAAAGAAAACAAAUACACAACGCCCCACAGACGCAGCCACACAGGCAUUCAAGACGGUUAAGGCCAGGGAUGCACGCAAGCGCAGAAUCGAAACGAGUGGAAUGGAACGCAACGGCAACUGCAACUGGAAAUAAUAAUGCAAAUUGUAAGAGAGAAGAGGAAACAAAACAAAAACACAGAGAACGCAGAAAACAAUAAGAAAAGAGGCAAUUUUUUUUGGGUUUGAAGAGAAUGGAAGAUGAUGAAACGUGAAAAAGAGAAGAAGAAAGAAAAUUCAGCACCCCAAGUGGAUGCUAAUUAUAAAUGCAGUUGAAAAGGAAAUAUAGAAUUAUUAUACAAUACAGAAAUGUAUAUACAAAUUUUGUGCAACAUUAUAUCAAAAGAGCAAAUGUAAAAGCUAAGCGAGGCUCUCUCUCUCUUCGACAGCAGCAUUGCCCCCCAAGAAAAUUAGGUAAAUUUAAAUUAUGUUUGCUAACUAAUUGUAAAACGAAUUGAAACAAACAAAAAAAAGAACCCAACAGCAGUGGCGCUCCCUUUACCCCCCCCACCCCACCCCGCUCCGAUAUUUGUUAAGUGAAACCAAAAAAAAAAACAAAAAAACAAAAAACAAAAAAGAGCAAAUGAGAAGAGAAUCUACAUCUAGAGCAUUAAUACUAAGCUGGAACUACGAGUAAUACUAAAAA